UCUGUGGAUGGAACCCUGUCUGAAAACAGUACAGUUUUCACCACGACGCUGACCAUACACACCGUAUCGUGUAUCAAUGAAGUUAUAUACUAAUGCAAAGCGGUAGGAAUGAACACUUUAAAAAACAUCAAUGGAUUUCAAAGUCAUAGCUGCACCUACUAUCCCUAAAUUAGGCCUCCCAACAACAAUAGUAGAAGAUCAAAUGUCGCUAUGGACGGAAAUUUUAAAGUGUGCUGCAUACCUUGGUUAUCCUACAAAUUACAGGAGGUUGAAAAUCGAAUAUAAACCCAAAGGUUCUGACUCCUUCGAAGAUUACAUCACACAAAGUUCUGAAAAUAAAAAGUGCGAAGAUGUUUCCUCUAUUGAAAAACGGCAGCACAUUUUUCCGGUUAGCAUGAACGGCUCGACUGUUCGAUGUGUGGUUGCAGACGAAAACAAUAAUGUAAUUGCAUCUAGUGCCGAGAAAGAACUUCGAAUCCUGAAGAAUGUUUGUCUCGAUGAAGGAACAGGACAGUAUGACCCUCAUCCCUAUAACUGCAGUCGAUACAUUAUAUGUGUUAGCAAUCGUUUAUAUGAUUCAGAGUGUGCUUCAGGGUCUUGUUAUCUGAGGGACGUAGACCCAAUAUGUCACAGUAGUGAUUGUGCAUCUUGUUGACCUAGUUAUAUGUGAAGUUUUCAUCGAAAAUAAUUAAUGAGUAUUGGAAAGACAUUUACAUAGACAUUGAUGUUAUUGAUGCCAAUUCAAUUUUAUUAACCAAAGUUAGAUGUGAUUCUCACAAUUGAUUGAUAAUGGUGUAUUUGUAUAUGCCAAUCUUGUACUUUUGAAAAUGACUUAAACAAAAUCGUGAUAUUUGGCGAAUAACAUAGUCAUGAUGAUUCUGACUGUAUAUAGAUUUUUUCUAAGAAUUUUAAAGAUUAUUAACAAAUCUUCUUUUGAAGAUCAAAUUUGAGGAUAUAUAUCAAUGGUUUAAAGUGAUUAAGUCAACAGUAAGCACAUUAUUAUUAUUAUUAUUUCAAGUAUUGAUACAAGCAAUAGACAUGUAUCAUAAUGAUAUUCUUAUGAUUUGUUUGAGAGAGUUCCAGAGUGAUGUAGUAUGAACAUAUAUUUGAUAUGAUACAAUUUUAAUAAUAUGUAAUAAAUAUAUGGUAGAAUAUCAUUGUGGUGAAUAAAAGUUUGCUCUGA